AUGCCAUUUGGACUAAUCAAUGCUGGCGCAACUUACCAACGCCUUGUGAACAUGAUGUUUAAAGAACAGAUUGGUAAGACUAUGGAGGUUUAUGUAGAUGACAUGCUGGUCAAGUCCAAGGAGGCGCAAGAUCAUAUUCAACAUUUAGCCGAAAUGUUUGACAUACUAAGGAAAUAUCGAAUGAAGCUAAACCCUCAGAAGUGCGUGUUUGGAGUGGAGUCUGGUAAAUUCUUGGGAUUCAUGGUAAACCAUCGAGGGAUCGAGGCCAACCCUACAAAAUUCAAGGCGCUGCUUGAUAUGAAAGCUCCUCAGAAUGUUAGAUUUGUGUCCAAGUCCUCAGAUAGAUGCAAUGAGUUCUUUAAGGUUAUCAAGGAUGCAGGGAAAACGUUCGUAUGGACAGAUGAAUGUGAAGAGGCCUUCCAAAAGAUAAAGGAGCAGUUGGGGAAGCCACCUCUCUUGGCCAAGCCGGUAGAAGGAGAAACAUUGAUCUUAUAUCUGGUUGUGUCAAGAUACUCCAUCAGUAUUGUCCUUGUAAAGGAGGAAAAGGAUGUUCAACUCCCGGUAUACUAUGUUAGCAAGAGGUUACAGGAUGCUGAGACAAGGUACACCAGCAUGGAAAAGUUGGUAUAUUCUUUGAUCUUAGCAGCAAGGAAACUUCGUCCAUACUUUCAGGCACACAAGAUAGAGGUAAGAACCUCAUAUCCUCUACGUCAGAUUAUGCGUAAGCCUGAAGCCACGGGGAGACUCAUGAAGUGGGCUGUUGAGCUAGGACAGUUUGACUUGGAUUAUAAGCCUAGAACUACUAUCAAAGGCCAAGCCCUGGCUGAUUUCUUGUUGGAAUUUGAAGAUGAUGCUCAGGAGUGGGCAAUAGUACCGUAUAAUCCAGUUGUUGAACCCAUUAAUGGUCUUGUGGUGGAAGAUGACACAUGGUGGAACUUGCAUGUCGAUGGGGCUAUCAAUUCUAACGCAGCUGGAGUUGGGAUAGUUUUGGUUAGUCCUAGGGGGUGUCGGUUGUUAAGUGCCAUCCACCUAGGGUUCCCCGCAACCAACAAUGAUGCAGAAUAUGAAGCUUUGAUCAAUGGUUUAUCCUUAGCCAUAGAGAUGAAGGCCAAGAACCUUAUUGUAUACAGUGAUUCUAUGUUGGUGGUUCACCACGUAAACGGGGGGUUCUUGGCCCGGGGUUGGAGAACGAACUUAUACAUUACCCAUACGCAAGAAUUGAUGAAGAAUUUCAGAGAGGUACAUUUGGAAAAGGUCCCGCGGGAGAAAAAUGAGGGUGCUGAUGCAUUGGCCAAAGCCAGUUCCAGAAGGGACACCAAACUCUUGGGAACUAUCCAAUUCUGUGUUCAGGAGAGACCAAGUGUGUCAGAAGCACAGAAGGUAACCCUGUUUAAAGAGGACCUGAUGGAAGUCGAGGAUGAAGUGGCGGUUACGUGGAUGACACUGAUACUUAAGUUCAUUCAGGAUGGACAACUCCCAGAGAGUGUAAAGGAAGCCAGAAGCCUUAGAUACAGAGCAGAAAGGUUUGUUAUUUACGAUGGAGUCUUAUACAAGAGAGGGUUCAAUCAACCGUUGCUGAAGUGCAUUGCAGGGGAUGAUUGCAACUACAUCUUAAGGGAGGUACAUGAAGGAAUAUGUGGCAAUCACUCGGGGGGUAGUUCACUUGCUUUAAAGAUCCUUAGGCAAGGAUACUACUGGCCGACUAUGAGGAGUGAAGCAAGCAAGUUCGUGCAAGCGUCAAGUCUGACUCCGUUACUUAGUCCAUGGCCAUUCGCCUUAUGGGGGAUAGAUCUCAUUGGAGAGCUUCCAAAAGCCAAAGGAGGAGUCGGGUAUGCAGUAGUAGCAGUUGAUUAUUUUACAAAGUGGGCCGAGGCCAUGCCACUAGCAACUAUUACUGCUAAGAAGAUAACAAGUUUUGUAUUCAAUUCAAUUGUGUGUAGAUUUGGUAUCCCGUUCAAACUAAUAUCUGAUAAUGGGAAACAAUUUGAUAGCAGAGAAUUGAAGAAGUUAUGUGAUGACUUGAAUAUAAGGAGGAAUUUUGCAGCUGUAUAUCAUCCACAAAGCAAUGGACAGACUGAGGCAAUCAACAAGAUCAUCAAGCACACGCUAAAGGCCAAGUUAGAAGAGAAGAAAGGUGAUUGGCCGGAGGAACUUCCAAUGGUAUUGUGGUCAUACAACACUACGCCAAGGACAACUACUGGGGAGUCGCCAUUCAUGUUGACCUAUGGUUGUGAGGCAAUGGUUCCGGUAGAGGUCGGAGCAGGUUCCUUUAGGAGAGACCACUUCCAGGAAGAGGACAAUGCUGUCAACCAGAGGCUACAUCUAGAUAUGUUGGAAGAGGUCAGAAGGGAGUCGCAAGUUAGGUUGGCAGCAUAUCAACAAAGGACAGCCCGGUUCUAUAACAGUCGAGUCAAGCCUAGACCAUUCAAAGUAGGGGACUUGGUGUUGCGCAAGAUGAUGCCAGGGAUGAGGGUGCCAGGUCAUGGAGUAUUUGGCGCCAAUUGGGAAGGUCCCUACCGCAUUCGGGCUGAGAUCUUUAGAGGAGCAUACUACUUGGAAGAUAUGCAAGGUGAGCCUAUUUCCAAAGCAUGGAAUGCUGAGCAUUUGAAGAAGUAUUAUCAAUAA